AUGAAUUCAUCAACCUUGAUCACGAUACUCAAUCAAGUCCUCUUUCCAAGAAAUGAAGUGAUGGAUCUUGAACCUGUCAAUCAAUUUUAUUAUCCCAUGCUCUUUCCUUUUGAUGUUCAAUAUGAUGAUUUUUGUCAGGUUCAAAAUUUUCAAUCAAAGGAAUCAUCUUUUUGUAGAGAAUAUUUAUGUGAAUCAUCAUCGCUAUCGAUAUGGGAUUUGAGAAACAAGUCACAAAUCAUGGAAUUGGGAUCUACCAUUAAUUACUGUUUGUAUUGUAAUCAAAGUCAAUCGAAUGAAUUUCGAAGAGCUCUUCAACAUGGAGAAUGUCAAUUGUUUACAAUGAAUGAAUUUACACUGUGGAGUCAAGUGCAUUGUAAUAAUGUGCCAUAUUCCAAGAAUUCACAAGAUCCUGAUGGCAAUGUUUUGGAAAAUUAUAUAUUGAUUAAUCGUCAUUUGGGAAUUUUUGAUUUUAACUUUUUAUUCACUCCAUAUUUUCAAAAGAAUUUUUUGAAAUAUCGAAGAAUGGAAAAUGAAAGUUUAACACUUGGAGAUGCUUUGAAAGAAGUGAAACUUGAACAAUUAUUUCAAUUUUAUUUUUCUAAAUAUGUCAAUCCAUUGAAAAGUUUGGAAUUUUCAUGGAAUAUCAUUUCAACUCAACAAUCCAUCCACUUCUCACUUCAUCAAUCAUCAGAUCUUGUCACACCUCCUCUUGAUGUGCCAUUUACGUGUUGGUGUAAUUACCAAAAUCCAAACGAACAAUAUUUUGCAUUUCAAUGUGACGACUUUUAUCAAAAAUUUCUCUUCCAUUUAACACAUCGAUAUUUUCACAUUGUAUUUUGUAUCACAUUUGCUAUACUAGCCAUCAUGAUUUCCUUUUUGAUACUCUAUCCAAAAGCGCAUGACAUGAUUUCGAUCACUCUCGAUAUGCACCUUAAUGAUGGUGGAUUCAUACAAGUCAGAAAAUUCAACAAAUUUUAUUUAUUUGGAAAACGACUCCUUGGUGUGAUGAGUGCUCUUUCCAGCAUUUCAGUUCAAUCACCAACUUUCUUUGUGGCUGCCUGUUGCUGUGGAUUCUUGGAAAAUUUCUUCAAAUUUAUAUUCAACUUCUCAGCCCUUGCCUAUUUUCACACAGUCUAUUUUAAGGGAUUCUUUAGGGCCAUGUGUUGUGUAUUUAUAAUUUGUGGAUAUAGUAGUUUAGUGAUUUCUUGGAGUCAUCUUGUGAGUACUAGGCAAGCAAUAACAAAUCCAGCAUCUGCUUCACUUUCCAUCUUUCACAAAUCAAUAUUAGGACUCUUUUAUGGAAGCACUGUGAUUGUUAUGGUCCUGUCUGGAAUUUUAUAUGUAGUGACAUCUAAUAUCUCAUAUGCUUGGAUUUCAUUGGCGAGUGCCGGAUUGUUUUAUUUAUUGAGCUUUGUGGCUGGAUUUGCAAUUUCUGGUUUGAAAAUUCUCUAUCGACUUCGACAAUUACGAAAAACUGUUCGUACCUUUGAAUAUCGAUUCACCAAACUCAUGCUAUUACUCACUCUGACACUUGUUUCAGGUUGGAUUAUAGCCUUAUUGACAUUAUUUACUUACAUGUUUGGAUUUGACGCAGCGUCACUUUUUUAUGGAAUUACUCGAAAUGUAUGGCUUGACUGUGGAAUGAUUUCCGUGACUCUUGCAUUCACUUACAUGACCUUCAAUGUAGAGUUAUUGAAAAAGGCAUAUCGAAAUUCAAAACUUUGUCUUUUUUCACACAAAAAGAAAUCACAAAAUGAUCAUUUUGAUCAUUCAUUCAAAAAACCUCUUCAUGAUGAUCAUGAGGAUGAUGAAGAUUCUUCACAAAUAUAUUACACAAAAACGAAUGCAAAUCAAGAGAAUCGUGUAGAGGUGGUUCUGAAAACGUCGUCGCCGUCGUCAUCCAAUCUCAUGACUUUACCCUUCCAACGUUCUGAACUUGAUCAUGGUGAUGCUACAACAACAUUGUUUACUACUAUAGAAGAAGAUUCUCAUGACGUGGUGGCCAGCACGACUCAGUACUCUCAAUUCGACCCUACAGAAUAA